AUGACUCCCCGUUUAAAAUCACCCUGCCUCAGCCUCCCAAGUGCUAGGAUUAUAGGUAUGUGUCACCAUGCUUGGCUAAAUACUUCUUUUGUUGUUGCUUUUCUGUUGUUGAAAAUCUUGGGGAUCAGGAACAGAGGGAUUAGAAUUCUAUUUUGGCUUUCCCCCUACUUCAAUUUCCUUGUCUAGAAAAUAGGGAUAAUAAUAAUAGUACUUACCUAUAGUAGAUGGAAUGCUUCACCUCUCCCCCUCAUAUAUGUCCAUAUGCCAAUUUCUUAGUAUGCAUGAAGCCUGGUAAACACACAUGUGCAUGUACACACACACACACACACACACACACACACACACACUUCUUCGAAGAUGUGAUUAAGGAUUUUUAUAUAAGAAUAUCAUUCUGGAUUAUUCUUGUGAAACUUAAAUCCACUUAUAAGUGUCCUAGUAAAUGACAAUCAAUUCAAGCUCUGAGACUUCAAGAGAACCUUGUUAGAGACUUAGGAACUUCAUUUCAGGAGAUACAGAUUCAAAUAGUCUUGCAUGAGUGUUCCAAACGAGAUAGGAAAACCAGGAGCAUGAAUGAGUCAGAAGUGCUGAUUUAGUGCAAGGCAGAAAGCAGUUGUAAGAAGUUUCUAUUGAAGAUGAGGAAGAGCAGGAGCUGUGUGAAGGCACUAUGCGACUAUUAGCAAUAAGAAGGAAAUAUAAACACACACCUAGUAACUCUCCAGCAAAGCCUGAUGGUGUCUGGAUAGACACCUUAAGUCUCAGGAGCAAUAUGCUCAUCAGAUGACUAUCGCUAAAAAGUGACCAUGAACCAAAAGUCAUUUCCCCAGACAGUAGGCUCAGUAAGGUCGGUGAGGUUAGCUCAAGUCCUGUUUCCUGAAAGGUGUUUUUAUUUCUAUUUUUAAAACCUCGUUUGAUUUUUACUUUAUUGUGAUUUUUCCAUUUAUUUUCACAUAUGAGAAAAUACAGAGAGAUUUGUAACAAACAGGUGGGUAUCCCAGACGAAGAAGAAAAUCUUUGUUGGCAGACUAUAUUCACUGAAUGCUGAGAGAAUAUAUUUCUGUUGUUUUAUGCACCAAACGUGGCAAAUUUGAUCUGGAAUUAAUUCUCAACUUCAAACAGCACUGACGUGUUGCUAAGAGUAUUAUUUAAAUUGUUAAGUUUCUCUGCGAAUUAAGUGAUGUUAAGCCACAGGAAAGCCACACAUAGUAGUAAGCACUAGAUAAACACUAUGUGAAUUUUGAAGAAAAAAAAAGAUUUCCGAUGCCAAUGCAGCUGGUUCUUGACGUUUUUGCUUUUCUAGAUUGCGACUGGCGGACUGGAAACCAUAAUGUGGGAGUCUCUUGCAAAUUUAUGAAAUUAAACCAUGAUGACUGGCAAAAAGAACGGAGUGUUUGUCUAGGAGGUUCUGCGGAGCCUCGAAGUUCUAGGAAAGGAACUCUGUAACUCUCGACGCAUUUUGCUUUUUGCUUCUCUAUUAGUUGUUUCUAUAAAUCUCUUAUUCUCCAACGCAACUUCGAAGGGAAUGCAGGAGGCAGGGCGCUCUCAGGAGAAAAACACUUUCGAUGUCUAUUUGAGCCUAGAAGCCGUCCAAGAGCUGGUGCCAAAGCUUCGUCUUCAGAAAACUACGACUCCCAGAAGCCUUUGGGUCGCAGGAUUGGAAGAAGCCUCAGAAAAGGGGUGGAGUCCAGGGGAGAAGUCGUUGGCCGAUUCCAUUGUCCUGAGUGGAGGGACCACCUGGGCGGAUGUGGACGGAUCGGCGUUCUGAUUGGUUGUAACUAGAAAGGGCGUCCGCCGUGGGAUUGGUACGGUCCUCGGGGGCGGAGACCCAGCGGCGGCCGCUCGAAUUUCCCGGGUUGGGCGCGCGGGGACUGCCGGGAAGCUCUCGGGACGGUUACCCACCGGGCCAGCAGUGGUCCGGAGUGGGGUUUCGACAUGCAGAGCACUGACCUGGGCAACAAGGAGAGCGGCAAGAUAUGGCACCGCAAGCCGUCGCCGGCCACUCACGACGGAAUUAUAGUGAACAUUGUUCACAGCACUUCCGAAUACCAUCCGAAAGCUUUGCGGUUUUUGAAUGUGGCUUUUGAUGGCUCAGGCGACUCCUUUAUUGCUGGGGACCACCAGGGAAACAUCUAUACUUUUGACUUGCAUGGAAACAGGUUUACUCUUGUUCAGCGAACAGCACAAGCUUGCACAGCCCUGGCCUUUAAUCUUCGUAGGAAGUCAGAGUUCCUUGUGGCAUUAGCUGACUAUUCCAUUAAAUGUUUUGAUACAGUCACCAAGGAGCUGGUUAGCUGGAUGAGAGGACAUGAAUCAUCAGUGUGUUCGAUCUCUGUGCACGCGUCCGGAAGAUACGCCAUCACUACUUCCUCGGACACAGCUCAGCUCUGGGACUUGGAUACUUUCCAGAGGAAAAGAAAGCUGAACAUCCGCCAGUCUGUGGGGAUACAGAAGGUUUUCUUUCUCCCAUUCAGUAACACAAUCCUCAGCUGUUUUAAAGACAACUCCAUCUUUGCCUGGGAGUGUGAUACUCUGUUUUGCAAGUACCAAUUGCCAGCUCCACCUGAAGGCUCUAGCAUCCUAUACAAAGUGUUUGCUGUGACCAGAGAUGGCCGGAUCUUGGCUGCUGGAGGCAAAUCCAACCACCUGCAUUUGUGGUGCUUGGAGGCCACACAGCUCUUCAGAAUCGUCCAGAUGCCUACUAAGGUCCGAGCUGUUCGCCAUCUGGAAUUCCUUCCCGAUAGCUUUGAUGCUGGUUCCAAUCAGGUUCUUGGUGUGCUCAGUCAAGAUGGGAUCAUUCGAUUUGUCAACAUACAGACUUGUAAACUUCUCUUUGAAAUUGGGAGCGUCGAAGAAGGAAUUAGCUCAUCAGUAAUUAGCCCACACGGUCGGUACAUAGCAUCUAUUAUGGAAAAUGGAAGUCUGAACGUCUAUUCAGUUCAGGCUUUAACACAAGAAAUAAAUAAGCCACCUCCUCCCUUGGUUAAAGUGAUUGAAGAUUUGCCUAACAAUACACCGCGAUCCAGUAAUCUUAAGACGAAAAUAAUGUCAGGAAGAGUGGGGCGACCAGCAAGAUCUAAAGAGAGCAAAAUUCCAACUAGAAUCCUCAAGCACGACCUGACGGGUAAUUUAGAAAACAAAGAGAAUGAAUUUUCUGAAGGAGUAAAUAAAAAACGUUUGCAGAUCUUAUUAAAAGGCUAUGGGGAAUAUCCAACAAAGUACAGAAUGUUUAUUUGGCGCUCUCUACUACAACUGCCUGAAAACCAUACAGCAUUUAGUAGCUUGAUGGAUAAGGGAACUCAUGUGGCUUAUCUGAACCUUCAGAAGAAGUACCCCAUCAAAAGUAGAAAACUACUGAGAAUAUUGCAGAGAACCCUCUCUGCAUUAGCUCACUGGUCUGCGAUCUUCAGUGACACUCCAUAUCUUCCACUCUUGGCUUUUCCAUUUGUGAAAUUGUUCCAGAACAAUCAGCUCAUCUGUUUUGAAGUUGUUGCUACUCUCAUAAUCAAUUGGUGUCAACAUUGGUUUGAGUACUUUCCUAACCCUCCCAUCAAUAUUCUUAGCAUGAUAGAAAAUGUUUUGGCAUUUCAUGACAAGGAACUGCUACAGCACUUUAUAGAUCGAGAUGUGACUUCCCAGCUGUAUGCCUGGCCUCUCCUCGAAACUGUGUUCUCAGAAGUGCUGACAAGAGAGGAGUGGCUCCGAUUAUUUGACAACGUCUUCUCCAAUCACCCUUCCUUCCUCCUCAUGACCGUGGUGGCCUACAAUACCUGCUCUAGAGCGCCUUUGCUCAACUCUACUCUUAAAGAUGAUUUUGAGUAUUUUUUUCACCAUCGGAAUAACCUGGACAUAAAUGUUGUGAUUAGAGAAGUUUAUCAUCUCAUGGAGACUACACCUGCUGAUAUUCAUCCAAGGAGCAUGCUGGAUGCUUUUGUUGCAUUGACAAAAGGGCAAUAUCCCAUAUUUAAUCAAUACCCGAAGUUUAUUGUGGACUAUCAGACGCGGGAACGAGAAAGGAUCAGGAAUGACGAGCUGGAUUUCUUGAGAGAGAGGCAGACAGUUGAAAAUAUGCAAGCUGAAGUGGAUGAGCAGAGAGCUGAGGAUGCGGCUUGGUACCAGAAGCAAGAGCUGCUCCGGAGAGCAGAGGAGACAAGAAGAGAGAUGCUUCUGCAGGAGGAAGAGAAAAUGGCCCGGCAGAGACACAGGCUAGCUGCUGUGAAAAGAGAGCUGAAGAUGAAGGAAAUAUGCUUACAGGAUGCUGCUAGGAGGCGUUUUCUGAAGCUUCAGCAAGAUCAGCGUGAAAUGGAGCUGCGCAGGCUGGAGGAUGAAAUUGAGAGAAAGAUACAAAUGAGAGAUCAAGAAAUCACUGCCACAGCCAAAGACCUGGAAAUGAGACAGCUGGAGCUGGAGUCACAAAAGCGACUUUAUGAGCAGGAUCUUACUAGAAGUCAAGACACUAUUGCAAAAGAAAUCCAAAAAGAUGCAGCUGCCCACAGGCAGAAAGUGGCUCUGGAAGACCACAUGUUCCAGAAGCUGCUAGAGACCAGCCAGAUGGGGAGCAGAAGGACUCAGAAGGUAAUUGAGGACAAUUUGGCAAAAGCUGAGCAAGCCUGCCUGAAUGCUGACUGGCAGAUCGAGGCUUUACAUAAACAGAAAUGUGACGAUCUGCUGCGCAGCGAGGGCUACCAAGAGGUCGCCACCCUCCUCCGGAAGAACAGACGGAGAGAAAGAGAGCUCUUAAAUGCAAUGAUGCGGGAGGAGGCGAAGAAGUGGAAGGAAGCUGAAGGAAAGGAAUUUCAUUUACGAUCAGAAAAGAAAGCCGCUGCCCUUUCAGAUGCCUCCAGAAAGUGGUUUUUAAGGCAGGAGACGAGUGCAGCUUUGGAACACGGUGGAGAGCCACUGAGUGAAGCGGAAUCGGAAGCGGAAGUGCCCUGGUUGCAAAGGGAACACAUGGCCUCAAGCUGUUUGCCCCAAACCUCACAAUUAGAUGACAUUUCUGAAGUGGACUCCUCCACACAGAUUUUUUCAAGUAGGAAAACAACAGAAUGGAACCACAUGGAGCAUGAUCUUCUCAAGAAAGUGCGAAAUCUUCGCCAGAGACUCACAGCCCAAGCUCGGAACCGGUGUCAGUCCCCUCAUCUUUUGGUAACAUAGAAGGCAUUUCACCAUGAAACAAUCAGAGAGAUACCUUUUGUAAAUCAAUGGCACUGAUUUUUCAAUUAUUUAUUCUAAACUUUUAUAAAGGUUAGCCUUUUGUAUAGAGAAAUAUGUCUAUAAAAUUAUGUUUUCUAUUGAAUUAUAAUGCUUUGGGCUUGUAAAGGGCCUCUGGAAUACUUCACAAUAAAGGUGUUUAGAAACUGUUAAA